ACAGGAAGGAAGUAAAGUUGCAAACAACCUGCAGCAACAGUAACUUUCUGGGCUGCUACAGCUGCAUGUGUUCAAGGUGCCUUUGAUGUGUGCAGCAGCUUCUGGAAAGUGGACUGCAGCUUUCCCACUCAUCAGCCCUCCCUCUCCCCCACCCUCCCAGCCUCCCCUCCCACCACCGCCACUUCAGCCCACACACGCAAUUUGUUUGAGAAAAACUGAUGAAAUGAACAAGAAGUGGUGAAUUACCCAAGCGACUUUCCUUAAAGAGUGAGCGAGCCGGGGAAGAGGAGCUCCAGCGAGCCCAGCGCAGCCUGCCGGCGCACCGGAGCUGGCCAGGAGGGACCAGCUGGCAACUGAGCGGGGACCUGUGGGGGCUGCAUGAUUGGUGGAGUGUUAAUGUUUCUCCAUAGCGAGAUACAAAAAGCCUUAUCUGCUUGCAUUUGACUUGCGAUGCCAGCUUCUCACUAGAAUGCAAACCCUUGCACAGGAUGAAAACAGGUCAUUCUUCCAGAAUGCCAGAGGAAAGUUCACCAAAGCGGAGUCCUCUAAACAUCCCUUAUAAGGACCUGCCUCAUAUCAUCAAUGCUGAUGGGCAAUACCUCUUCUGCAGGUACUGGAAGCCAGCAGGAACUCCCAGGGCCCUUGUGUUUAUUGCUCAUGGUGCUGGGGAACACUGCGGCCGUUAUGAUGACUUGGCCCAGAGGCUGACAGGACUUAACUUGUUUGUAUUUGCCCACGACCAUGUUGGCCAUGGGCAGAGUGAGGGUGAUCGUAUGGUUGUGUCAGAUUUCCACGUCUUCAUCAGAGACAGCUUGCAGCACAUUGAUCUCAUGAAGAAAGAGCAUCCUGGCCUCCCCAUUCUCAUUCUGGGACACUCCAUGGGGGGAGCCAUCUCCAUUCUGACAGCUAGUGAGAGACCCAGUGAGUUUUCAGGCAUGCUGUUAAUCUCCCCUUUAGUGGCAGCCAGCCCAGAAGUCGCCACACCCAUCAAGGUUUUUGCAGCUAAAGUGCUCAACUUUGUUCUCCCAAACCUGUCCCUGGGAUCAAUAGAUCCAAAUGCAAUUUCCCGGAACAAGAAGGAGAUAGAAUCGUACACAGCAGAUCCCCUGGUCUGCCACGGUGGCAUGAAGGUCUCCUUUGUCAUCCAGCUGAUGAACGCCAUUGCCAGAAUUGAGCGAGCUCUGCCCAAGCUGACUCUGCCCAUCCUGGUGCUGCACGGCUCUUCUGACAAGCUCUGUGAUAUCAGAGGGUCCUAUUUACUGAUGGACACGGUGCAGAGUCAAGACAAAACACUCAAGGUGUAUGAGGAAGCCUACCAUGCCCUCCACAGAGAGCUGCCUGAGGUCACUACCUCGGUCUUCACAGAAAUACUAACGUGGAUUGGUCAGAAGGUCUCAGCAGCUGGGGAAACCAGCCAUACUUAAGAGCAAUUAUUUUUGCAACUCUUACUGGGUUUUUCUGUGGACAGAUGCUAUUCCUAAUAGACAUCUCUCUGAAAAAGAUCUAACACAGAGAGACUCUUGGGAUAUUGUACCAUGCACAGCAUGAGGGAGGGUGGGGGGGAGAGGCACAAGGUGGAGCAUUUUUUGCUCAUGUAAAUGGCCAUUGCCCUAAUCUCAGAAAGAAUUUAUAGCUAUGGGAGCAGCCAUUAAAGCUUUCCAGGUUGGGUAGUUUUAUUAAACAGCCCCUUAUCCACUGAGCCUCCUCUAUCACUUCCCCUCUCUGUUUUUGCUGAGGUGCCAGGAUUGUAUUUAUACUGCAAUAAUUUUGGUAUGUUAAACAGGUCCUUAUCUUCCAUUUUAUGGUUUUGAUUCCAGGUAUGUACAGUCCUAUCCCUCUUCCCACCAUCCAGUACCUUAAAAGUCCUGGCCCUUAGAGGAGAAUGCUUGCUGGGUAAUGAAGAGAGGCUGAAAGGCAGAACCGAUGGGGGGUGGGAAUAGACUUAUGCUUGAAAGCAAAAGGCUGGUUUUCAAGGUCAGACCCCUUUGGAUACUACCUUUAUUAGCAGGUCAGACUCAAGGGAAAAGAAUAAACAGUGUGUUUUCUCCUCCCACCCUAACUCCUCUGUGAGUUUGCACUCUGGGAAAGCAUGUUGAACAGCUUUCUAAUUUUCAUCAUCAGAACAGAAUCCCAGAGGGGAAAAGGAUGAAUGUAGAAUCAAACUCACUUCACACAUUCAAAAACUGUGCUAUUCCCAGUGCCACCCCCCCAUCUCCUCUGCAAGAUGAACUACUCUGUAAAUAUUCCUAGGGGCUGCUUUCUUCCUUUCUUUCUAAUUUUUUGGAUUAAUUACUUGUGCUACUGAAACUAAAGAAGCAAGGUCAGAGUUUUAAGAGAAUAUAGUAAUAUAAUAUAUGAUGUAUAUAGAGGUGGCAGGGAACUGGGAAAUAAAUGGGAGGAGGAUCUAAAGGAGUUAAUUGUUCCUUCUCUUGGCAAGGAAUAACGUUGUCCUACCAGGAACCAGUUCUCUCACCAUAACUUUACAGUCAUAAUCUGUUGUUUUCCUUCAUCAGUUGGAAAAUGUCCCGAAAAAAAUGCUACAGAGAAGCGCAAAGCAUCUGGUGGGUGGGGAGUAACAGUGGGUGUCCUCAUGGUCCAUCAGUUUAAUAGGAGACCCAAAGCAUGAAUAGAAAUCCUGUCCAAGCACUACCCUUUCUCCUCUGAAGGAGCACAGCUACCUCUGGCAGGAUCAGCACGGGGUUGAGCUCACCCUUCUGCACAAGGUGGGGAGCGAAAGGCAGAGUAAAGGGUACAAUCACCUGUCCAACCCGAGUCUUGCUGCCCUGCGGGUAUUCAGGGGCACUGGUGCACAAGCUGCUUUGGAGCACCGUGAGCUGAUCCAGUGGUGCAGACGAGCCAAAUGCUGGAGCUGACUGAGCGUCCAGUGACCGUGGGGCUAAAGGAAAGACCGAAGACCCUGUUGCAGAGCAAAGGCAUUGUAUCAAUACAGCAAAAGCAGCGUAGCGAUCACAACACGGCUGUGCUGGCGAAUUUACCCAAAAGGUGGCCCUAAUUAUUAUACACCUCUUGGCAUUAGCCAAAGGGAAGGAGUUAAUUUGCAAGAAGAGGGAGCCACUAAAUGCUCCAUGAGAGAAACUGGAGUAUCUCCCACAGUGACAAAACAAGACCCGUUUCUUGCCCUGGUAGCAGUGGAAGCAGUGGUAGCAGUUCUGGCACAGUUCAGGAAAGGGACCUCUGUGCAGUAACAGUCAGAAUCAGGCCAGGCCCCGUGCAGCCCCGCCAGCGGUGAGGUACCAGUGAUGCGAGGACGUGUGCUAUGCCCUGAGGACCUAGUCAGGAAAGCUCUUUUAUACAGGUUGGUGCAGGCCUUUCUACACUUGUAUUUUCCUGCCUCCGAGGAGAAGGACGAGCUGUAGUUCUCCUAGCACUGUGCGCUUUUGAUUAAAAUGUUAUUCUGAUGCAAUCUAGCACUGUCCCCAACCCCUGCUGAACCUGCAGCGACACUUGCUAGGGGAAUGAGGAGACGAUGCACAGGCUGCCUGCUCUGUGUCUGCCCACAGACUGGCUUGCUCUAACUUGUUUUCACUGAGCAAGGGCCCUCCUUGCCAGAUACUGCUGGGGAAAGACAGCAAGUGUGGAAAGAUUUCAGUGGUGAUAAACCUCACCUGCUUCUUCAGCUGGAACAGGAAUCAAGCAGGCAUGAUGCAGCCGAGCCAGGUGUUUUGGGGUAGUAGCAAGAUGACAACUUAAAGGUGAUAUUUUUCAAAAGCACUUUUCCUGAGGAAGUCAGUAGGAGCAGAUCAGUGCCCACAUCCUUUAAAUCCCUUCACAAACUGACAAGCACUUUGUAGGAGAGAGGGAAGCGACCCUCCAGCAGGAGGGUCGGGGCCGUCUGCUCCCUCCAGUGUGGCCUCAGGCAGAGGAAGGUCUGCAAUCCGUGCCUUUGCUGCAGCACAUCCUUUCACCACGGAGCAUCUGCAGCUCAGAAGGAACAAAAGCAAACCAGUUAUGUCAGUCUAGGGGAGACUUGUCCCUCCAUCUAGCUAAGCUCAGCAAUGCUAUGUGGCCUGAGGAAGCUGCAUUUGAAAAAUCAGAUUAACAAACAAAAACACCCCCAAACCCCUGGCAGGGCAGAAGUUGCUGCCACCCUUGGCCAGUUUUCUGAAGAGCUGUCUUUUGAGGCAAUCAACACAGGGAAGCUUACCUGAAGAAAAGCCAGCGGCUUUCUGCCUGCUACCUGCUUGCUGCCUCUGCCCAUAUACACCUCCAGAUUUUCAGGUGGUGGGAAUCACUGUGGAAGCAACAAGCCAGGAGCAGAUCAACCUGGGCCACCUGAAAUGCUGAUUUCCAGCAGCUGUGGUUCUCAGCCAGCGUGGUCAGGACAGUUGCUGAGCCCUUACACAGCGUGUAAGCUGCUUUAUGUUGACCCAGUCAGGUUGCACCAGGCCCUGGAGGAACGCUUCCUGUAUUGACCGGGCUAGCAAUGAGCAGAGCUGCUGCCAAGGGAAACGUAAUUAAACUCUAUUUUCAAAUGGCAGGUACCAUUUGUAGGGAAGAGCACAGCUGGCCUCGUGCAUGUUGCUGGCUGGAGACGCCCCAGAGGCUGGGCUGCCUUUGGGAAUAGGUGAUGUUUGCGACUGAGCAAUAGUAACGUGUAACUGCUGUAGAUACCACCACCUGUAGCACUGAGACACCGUUCCUCCAGACCUACACGAGACAUUUUCUAUUUAGCCUGGUCUUUUUAUACCACUUACCCUAGCACACUGCCAGCACAAACCCAUUGAGAUCACACUUAUUUUUCCAAGUAAUUUCUGAGCUUGUCUUUGUUCCACUGUGUUCCAGUUCAAUAAAAUGCAUACAUAUAUAUAUAUAUAUAUAUAUAUAAACAUAUAUACAUACACAUGUAUUUUCAAUGGGAAAAAAUGUACAAGUUUAGGAUUCUUAAAGGAAUACAAUGUAUAUUGCAACUAAUAAUAAAGUUAUGUUUUCUGAACA